UGUUAAUCUGGGUGUAGACACACACACACACACACACACACACACACACACAGGCAGCGGAAGCAGCCUCCUCCUCCUUCUUCUCUCCUCCCGUCAUGGCUCCAACCGUCGGUUCAGGCUGCUGUAAAUAUUAACGGUGUAUUAUUCGGUUCGUGUCCGGUGCAGCGGCUCGUGAGGAAACAUGCUUUGUCUCAAACAGUUGGUGCUCCGUUCUCCGUCCGUCACCGCCUCCGUUAGCUCCUCUCUACGGCAGCAUGCCCGGUUCAAGUCGCAGGGCCCCGCCGGGCAGGUUGGACUGAAGCGGUUCAGCACCGCGGAGGCGACCGUGGAGACCCGGGACCAGGGCCGCCUGAAGGAGAAGACCCUGACCAUGGCGACCCUGAACCCGCAGGUGAAGGCGGUGGAGUACGCUGUGAGAGGACCCAUCGUCAUCAAGGCGGGGGACAUCGAGAAGGAGCUGCAGCAGGGAGUGAAACAGUCCUUCACUGAGGUCAUCAAAGCCAACAUAGGUGACGCCCAUGCCAUGGGACAGCAGCCAAUCACUUUCCUCCGUCAGGUGGUUGCUCUGUGUUGUUUCCCUGAACUGUUGGACAGUCCAGCUCUCCCUGAUGACGCCAAGCAACGAGCCCAGCGCAUCCUGCAGGACUGUGGAGGACACAGCCUGGGCUCGUACAGUAACAGCCAGGGGGUGGAUUGUAUCCGUCGGGAUAUCGCUGACUACAUCACACACAGAGACGAGGGUGUGCCCACUGACUGGAACGACAUCUACCUCACCACAGGGGCCAGUGAUGGCAUCAUGAGCAUCCUGAAGCUUCUCGUGUCAGGUGAGGGCACGUCCAGGACGGGUGUGAUGAUCCCCAUCCCUCAGUACCCUCUGUACUCUGCAGCCAUAUCAGAACUGGAGGCAGUGCACAUUAACUACUACCUGGAUGAGGAGAACUGCUGGGCCCUGGAUAUUGAAGAGCUGCAGCGAGCGUACCUGUCAGCCAAACAGCACUGCCAGCCCAGAGUCCUGUGUAUCAUCAACCCAGGAAACCCCACAGGUCAGGUGCAGAGUAAGAAGUGUAUAGAGGAGGUGCUGCACUUUGCCUACGAGGAGAACCUGUUUGUCAUGGCUGAUGAGGUAUAUCAGGACAACGUGUACUCGUCAGACUGUCAGUUCCACUCCUUUAAGAAGGUCCUCUAUGAGAUGGGCCCCGAGUAUUUCAACAAUGUGGAGCUGGCCUCCUUCCACUCCACCUCCAAGGGCUACACAGGAGAGUGUGGUUUCCGUGGAGGUUACAUGGAGGUGUUGAACAUGGAUCCAAAGGUGAAGGCCCAGCUGGUCAAACUACUGUCUGUUCGUCUCUGCCCUCCCGUCCCCGGACAGGCAGCAAUGGACGUCAUUGUAAAUCCUCCCAAAGACCACGAGCCCUCGUACGCUCAGUUUAUCAAGGAGAAGAGCUCAGUCCUGGGUGAACUGGCUCUCAAAGCCAGACUUACAGAGGAAAUCCUGAACUCAGUACCUGGGAUCAAAUGCAACCCGGUCCAAGGAGCCAUGUAUGCCUUCCCUCAGAUCUUCAUCCCACCACGAGCCAUCCAGGAAGCUCAGACUCUGUCUAUGGCUCCUGACAUGCUGUACUGUCUGAAGCUGCUGGAGGAAACUGGAAUCUGUGUUGUUCCAGGAAGUGGGUUUGGCCAGAGGGACGGAACAUAUCACUUCAGAAUGACCAUCCUGCCGAGCCCAGAGAAGCUGAAAGUCCUCCUCGGCAAAGUGAAGGACUUCCACCUCAGAUUCCUCGAGGAGUAUUCACAACAGGAACCUACGAUCAGCAGAGUCCCCCAAGAACACAGAGACACGUAAAAGCAGCCAGACUGAAGCUUUAAUGUGUGACAGCUCGUGUAACGUUCAUACCGCUUUAAGUUUACUUGUUUUCCAGACCGUGUGUGACAGAAACAUUGUGCCUUGUCCUCACAUGAUAUUUGAAGAGGUAAAGGAUCGUCUCCCUGUCCAAACAUGUCCAAUAAAUACACUGUAUAGCAGCAUAUGAAGCGCACACUCAUCUUAAGCUACUCUCAGUAUUUCUGUCAUGCUCUCAUUGACCUGCAGCUCAGUGGUGAACGACCACUGACAUCCAUUUCCCAUCCACACACAUCCAUGUGAUGCUUAGCCAAGGACUUUACCCAUCAGCUUGUCAUUAGGCGUAUGAGGAGUUGUGUGCCUCUUUAAAUGCCUCUGUUAAAGUGCAACUACAAAGAUUUUCAGAUGUAAAUUUUUUUUGUUUGUUUCUGCCUUGCCUUAUAAAACAUUAAAGGAUCAGUUCACUCAUAUCACUAAACACACA